CAGCUACAGAAAGUAAUUAUUACUCAACUCAGCAUAGCUCACCAAAAUGCAAUAAUAAAUACCAUUUUAAGCUCCCCGUUCUCCCCACAGGCCCACACCAUUCAACCCCAACCCCAACCCCAACCCCAACCCCAACCCCAACCCCAUGGGCUCUUUAGAAAUUCAAACGCCUAAAGACCCCGAAAAGUCCACCUCCGCCGUCGAUGACGACGACCUCUCCCCUAUCGAAGAGGUUCGGUUAACCGUCACCAACACCGACGAUCCGACACUACCCGUUUGGACCUUUCGGAUGUGGUUCCUAGGCCUUCUCUCAUGCGCUCUUCUCUCGUUUUUAAACCAGUUUUUUGCUUACCGAACUGAGCCUCUUGUCAUAACUCAAAUCACAGUCCAAGUGGCCACGCUGCCCAUCGGUCAUUUCUUGGCUGCGGUGUUGCCCAAGACCCAGUUUGGGAUUCCCGGAUUCGGGUCGAAGGUGUUCUCGCUUAACCCGGGUCCGUUUAACAUGAAAGAGCACGUACUUAUUUCUAUUUUUGCUAAUGCUGGAAGUGCUUUUGGAAGCGGGUCGGCUUAUGCAGUGGGGAUUGUUAAUAUUAUCAAGGCGUUUUAUCGGAGGAAGAUUUCUUUCUUAGCGAGUUGGUUGCUUAUUAUCACUACUCAGGUGCUGGGAUAUGGAUGGGCUGGGCUGCUGAGAAAGUAUGUGGUGGAGCCAGCUCAUAUGUGGUGGCCCGGCACUCUCGUUCAGGUCUCACUUUUCAGGGCUUUGCAUGAGAAAGAUGAGCAACGCAUGACACAGGCAAAGUUCUUCCUCAUUGCACUAAUUUGCAGUUUUUCAUGGUAUGUGGUCCCAGGAUACAUAUUCCCAACACUUUCAAGCAUUUCAUGGCUCUGCUGGGUAUUCUCGAAGUCAGUCAUGGCUCAGCAACUUGGAUCAGGAAUGAGAGGACUUGGACUUGGAGCACUGACUCUUGACUGGACUGUUGUGGCAUCCUUCUUGUUCAGCCCCCUUAUUAGCCCUUUCUUUGCCAUUGUCAAUGUCUUUUUGGGCUAUGUACUGAUAAUUUACAUUGCAAUCCCUGUAGCUUACUGGGGCCUGGACUUGUACAAUGCUCAUAGAUUUCCCAUUUUUUCUUCACAUUUGUUCACGGCAGAAGGUCAAAAGUACAACAUAUCUGCUAUUGUGAAUGACAACUUUGAGAUAGAUCUAGUGAAGUACCAGGAGCAAGGACGAAUAAAUUUGAGCAUGUUUUUCGCUCUCACUUAUGGCUUUGGUUUUGCCACCAUUGCAUCCACCCUAACUCAUGUGGCUCUCUUCUAUGGAAGGGAAAUCUAUAAUCGGUAUCGUGCUUCGUCCAAGGGAAAGGAGGAUAUUCAUACAAGAUUGAUGAGAAAAUACAAGGACAUACCUCCCUGGUGGUUUUACAUAAUGCUUGUUGUGACACUUGCUGUUGCUCUUGUUCUAUGCAUUAUUUUGAAAGAUCAAGUUCAGAUGCCUUGGUGGGGACUCGUCUUUGCUAGUGCCAUGGCCUUUGUCUUCACCCUUCCAAUUAGCAUCAUAACUGCCACGACAAACCAGACACCAGGGUUAAACAUAAUUACCGAGUACGUAAUGGGUAUUAUAUAUCCUGGAAAACCGAUUGCUAAUGUAUGCUUCAAGACUUAUGGUUAUAUAAGCAUGGCUCAGGCCAUCUCCUUCCUCAGUGAUUUCAAGCUAGGGCACUACAUGAAGAUCCCUCCAAGAUCAAUGUUCUUAGUUCAGUUCAUUGGAACAAUUCUUGCUGGAACCAUCAACCUUACAGUGGCAUGGUGGUUGCUGACCUCCAUUGAGAACAUAUGUCAAGAUGAUCUCCUUCCUGUUGGCAGUCCCUGGACAUGCCCCGGUGACAGAGUCUUCUUUGAUGCAUCAGUGAUAUGGGGUCUGGUAGGACCCAAACGCAUCUUUGGAUCACUAGGAAACUAUGCAGCCAUGAAUUGGUUCUUCCUUGGUGGUGCAUUAGGACCAGUCAUAAUUUGGCUAUUCCAUAAGGCCUUCCCAAAGCAAUCCUGGAUUCCGCUAAUCAACCUUCCAGUCCUUCUGGGAGCAACAGGAAUGAUGCCACCAGCAACUGCAGUUAACUAUAAUUCUUGGAUCAUAGUUGGAACAAUUUUCAAUUUCUUCAUAUUCCGGUAUCGAAAGCAAUGGUGGCAGAGAUACAACUAUGUUCUUUCUGCAGCUCUGGAUGCUGGGGUGGCGUUCAUGGCAGUGCUACUGUAUUUCUCAGUAGGUCUGGAGAAUAGAAGUCUGGAUUGGUGGGGCACAGCCGGUGAACAUUGUGACUUGGCAACUUGUCCAACAGCUGAAGGCAUAAUGGUUGAUGGUUGUCCGGCGAACUAAUGCA